ACUGGGGAAUUCCCUAUUCGUGACGACAUCGAGCAGGGAAAGUCCCGUUUUUAGUUCACUUCCGCGUGAACGCAGUUUUACAAAGGCAGUAUGGCUGUCACAGCAAGAUGUCCAUGAAUGACUGUUUGGUGAAUAAAUGCUUUGCGGUAUCUGACAAACGAUCAUAUUCGUCACUAGAAUAGCUAACAGGAUACGGAAGUGCGCGUGUAGGACAUAGCUGUGGAACAUUAGGAAAUAGAAACACCACAUUUGUCAGUUGGGUUUUAUUUGGAAUUACGAUAUUGAUUUAACAGAUCUCUUCCAGUGGUUCGGAGUUAUACUAUUCAUACAUUUGUGUAUUCAACUGACAUUUUUCUUACCCUGUUACCCACUGAAUUAAGUUUUAUUUACAUUGGGUUAUUCAGUUUAUUUGACAAACUGACAAAGGGAUUUUAAAACAUAAUCUUGAAAAUGUUAGGUCGACAAGAUACUGAAGGAAUUAGGUUUUGACAGAGGAAGAACUGGAGAGAGAAUUAGAAAUAACGGUUCUCAAUCGAAUGCGAAAUUACCUUUGUGAUCAUUUGGAGCCAGAAAGAUUUUUCCCAUAUUUACAAACAAAGGAAUAUCUUGAUCAAGAUUCUUGUGAGCAAAUAAGAAAUGAAAGAACAACAAAAAGUCGAGUCAACAAAAUGCUAGAUAUAUUAAUAAAAUCUGGACCUCAACCAUUGAAAGCACUAAUUAAAGCAAUUCAAAAAAGUGGGACAACUCAAAAGUUUAUUUUAGAAAAACUGAGAGAAGAAAACGUUAAAAUUCAUUCCAAUCCUCAUAAUCUAGAGAGAUUGAGGCAAAUUAGAGCAAGGAUGGAAUUGACAAAUCCAUAUCAUCCUGGAGUCUGGUAUGCUGGACCACCACCACCAUACACACCAGUUUCAAGAGGAGUUGUUCAGUGUGAUGCUACUUCCAGUGUGUAUCCAGCCUCUGAAUUCCGUCACCCAGCGUCAACUCCAUCACUAAGAAGUCAUCCUAAAUCUCUUGAAUGUAGAAACAACAUUCCACUCAGCGAACAGAGCUUUCCAUCUUUUCAACUGAAUAAUGAAAAUCCACCAUUUCAUCCACCACCUCACAUGCAAAGGAAUUAUUAUCCCAAACCACCUAUUGCAAGUAAUGGUGAUAAUUCGGUAGUUCCAUCAGAUCCACCAUCACAAGUUUGUCCAAGUCAUUUUCAAACAAGUGAUUUUCCACCUGGAUCAAGUGGUUUUAUGACACAUAAUCCAGUGAAUAUUACAGCGUCUAAUGAAAUCCUGAGAGAACAGAUUCGUGAAGAAGAGAAAAUAUCACUUGUACAUAGCCUUUCUGGAGGUUCACAGGCUACAUUAACGGAUCAUAUUGCAACAAACCAGGAGAAAGAAGUUGUCAAAUUCCAGUCAGCUGAACCACAAAGAACUGUUAGUAAUCCAUGGAAUAGAUCACCUAGAACACCAACUGAAAAUGAUGUCAGUGUUGUGAAGACCAGGUCGAGCCCUACAACUGUUUCAUCAAUGCCCGUGAAAACCAUUAAUUCCAGCAACAGCAAUAUAUCUGAUAGUCCUACUAUAAACUCACCUCAGCUUGAAAACAUUUCAAUAUCUGAUACAAAUCUUUCCACGUAUCCAAAAAACAUCAAAUCGUAUCAAAGUUGUCAAAACGGUAGUAUUCAACCAAGCUGUUUCACAUCAUCAACUUACGGUGAUAUUGACAGUCGAUUGCCCACGAUAAAGUCAUCUGAUGCUACAGAACCUAAACCUUCCUCACCAACGAACUACCAGCCACGUUCUUCAAAUAAUCGUCCAUUUAGACCUGCUUCACAAUUUGGUGCUGCUAGACAAUUUUCUACCCCACUUGAACCAAUUCCAAGUGUAGAAGUAACACCUUCCAUUGAAACAAUUGAAAGUUUCACAAUAAGACGACCACCCACUGAACAUGAAGAUGCAAGUAUUAUAGAACGAUUAGCUAACGAUGAUGAGGGGGAAUUAAGCAGUCUUGAAAUUUCAACGGAUAGCGAUUCUGAACAAUAAUGAACUGUCCUUUAUUGCUAACAAUGUCAGAAUAUAUAGGGAUAAAUAGAAUGUACAGACAUUUUAUUUGUCCUGUAGUUGUUUGUGAAUUAUAAUAAAAAAAUAUUUCACAUUUAUGUAAUUUACAUAUAUUUGAUUUUGUAAAUAAAAUAAAGUCUUAUGAUGUUGUUUGCAUAGCGAUUAGCACAUAAAGCUCCAAGACCGGAACCAGAACAUCAUUUCCCACCUAAAUAUGGCAUUUUUCUGAAGUCAAAGCUUCCCAUUUAAUUAGCUUUAGUCAACAUCUCGAUAAAACAAUUCAUAUACAAUUUAAAUAUAUUUUAGGUAUAUGGUAAUUGGUAAUAUUUUAUUGUAUUCUAGCACUGCCCCCUCAAAUGUUACUGAAACUUUGAAUCACACUGCAAAUUGUAUAUUGAUAUGACUCAUUUUCAUAACACUGACUUCAAAUUUAUAUAAAAAAACUACAAGUAUAUUGUAUGCCUUAUCUAAGUCUCUCGAUGUUCUUUCUAUUCAUUGGUAUAUUAUUUUAACUGUUUUGCCGUCAAAUGAACAUUGAUUACCAUGGAAUUGCUCAUUUAAUAAAUUUUUCAAUUCUGGAGCAUAUCAUGUACAUAAAAGCCGAACUUUUUGGCUGUUCCAAUCCCAUCCUAGCCAGUAACCAUUUUGGUAUAUAGGACUGGAUUAAUUUUAGUUUGAUGGAAGCACAUUGAACAAUUCUUUAUUCUUGACCCUUCUCAUGGAACAUUUUACUAAAUAUUUUUGUGACCCUAUCAUCAUUAUAAAACCCAACCUUUUAAAGAACCCUCGUGGUUAAUUUUAGCAUCUUUUUCGAGUAGUUGAGAAUAUGUGAUGUUUCUGAUAAAUUUGGGAUAUCCCUUUUAAACCAAAAUGUUGGAUAACAUGACUUGUGGCAGGGACAAAUCUAUCACCACACCAGCUAACUAAUAGAACUCUUGAAGACUUUAUUAUUUCUAUAGAUAUCGAUUGGAUCUCUAUUUUUAAUCUUUCAAACCUUUUUCUUGACUUUUGUACAAUAUAUUACCUGUAAAUACUUCAUUUUUAAUUUACUAUAUUACUUUGAACACUGAUAUGUUAUAUCACUGCAUGAACUAUCUCUGGUAUGGAAGCAGCACUUUUGUCAAACAUUCAGAUUUUCUACAUGCAAAUAGGUUGACUCAUGUUCAAUGCCAUUAAGGUGUGGUUGUUUGGUCAUUGCAUUAGUAGUUGGCUCAAUUGUAAAGCUGGUUGUUGAAACAAAAGCUGCCGCCUCCCUAUAUAUCGUACUACAAUUCUUCAUUUUUGUAAUUUGUAAUGCAGUUUCAAUUUGCACUGUUUUAAUAUUUUAUUUUGAUUUGUUCCAUUUUUUCAUUUAAAAUCUAUUUCAAAUUUUAUCAUCAGUUUAAUAUCCAAUGGAAUACUUGUCCUUUUGUAUAUUUUAUAUCAUUUUUCAUGGUAUAAGAAAAAUAGACACAGUAGUUAAAAUAUAUGCAAAGAAAGUGUCUGGUGAUAAUUGUGAUACCAUGUAUUCUUUGCUGUUUUCAAUGUUGUUUUUCUUUAUUUGAUGUAAAACGUUAUUGUGUGCUUUCUAAAGAGACGAUUUAUACCUUAUCGGCUAUUAUUAACCCAGUCUUAAAACUUUCAUGAGUUGUCAACUAAAAGUGAAAAAUUUCAAUCGAAUCAUUAGUUCUGUCAUUUUUACCAUCAUGAGCAUAUUUGUAUACUUAUCGUAACAUCUAUCACUAAUCAACCAAAACACUACGGUACAGUUCAUUCUAACCACAUUUGCGUACAUAACGUGGCCACAUUUACGUAUUAUAUUUUAUCUGCACUCGCUUUUCUUAAUCAUUGGUUUUGUUGCAUAUUUUGGUAUUCAUAUCACUAAAUAUUCAAAUAAUUGACACAAUGGAUGGACACAAUAGUGCCUAACACUAGCUGUCCAGCUUUUGUACAGUUCAAGUAGUUUAUAAUGUGUGUAUAAAUGUGUACUAUAUAUAGUAAUAAUAAAGAAGUAAAGUAUAUUACUAAUAAUACAGAAAAUACAAAGCCAAAGCAAAAUUUCCCCAUAAGAACGACAAAAUUUAGAAAUUUCUUCCCGUUGGGAAACGUUGCCCUACAACAUGAUAAUUUAGCAUAUAUAUGGACUAAAAUGACUAGCUAAAAAUCGCGCUGCUGAUAUAUUCGAAACGAUGAAAUUAAAAAUGCGUCUCUAUACUCUUUUAUCAUUACAUAGUAGAAUUCAUUCAUGUGCUAUCGGUGAUUGAUUACCUCAACCUUGCGGAUAGAGUACAAAAUUCGGUACCGAGCAUUCUUUGACUUCAUCAACUUAUCGGUUGCUUAUUAAAAGAGUUUUAAUCUGAGCGAAGGUGGUACUUAAAUGAUAUUCCUCUUAACAGCGGGACCAUUCAAUGUCAAGGAUAUAACUUUCACACUUUUGUUUUUCUAGUCUGAUGUUUUACCCCAAACUUUUAACACCUGAAUAAAAAUUGCCACAGUCGGGCGUAAUUUUUCUCUUGUUUGUAAUUUACAAUAGAGUUUUCGAAUGUACAUUUGCACGGUUUUACAAUUUUCCAUUUUCUUUGUUUCAAUUUAUUUUCAAUCAUCGUUAACCAAAUUUCUUCGAAGAUUCAUUGGACAAUUAUUGAGUAUUAUAUAGUCUUAUUUUAUUCUAUAAAAAUCGUACACAGUUAUUCACAGAGUAAUGAUAACUUCGAAAGAUCAAAAAUCAGCAACCAAGCCUAGCUGUUUGAAUUGGGUAUGCGAAUGGCUAACUAGUAUAACACUUGAACUAUCUUGUAAAGUUGCUAUUAUAGUAUUGUUAAUUCCUUUAAAUCGUAUAUAUAUUUUACUGUGUUUGUCUCUUUUAUCCUAUUUGAUGCAAAAAGUAAUUGUGUGAUAUUUUUAUGUUUCGUAUAUUCUUUUCAAGCUUUCCCACAGAAAAGGAAAGAUUGAACCAUCCGUUCUGUCACUAUCACCAUAAUCGCGCUAAAUCUGAUAUUUUCUCCCACAUUGACGAAAACAUGUAAUGCCAUUCUCAUUUACAUAUACUGGUCACAUUUACAUACCAAUUUUAGUAUGCGUUCCAUACAUUGGGUCGUGUAUGUUUGAUUGGCCAGAAACAGUUUUUUGUGAAUCUGACAAACUUUUUUAAACCGUUCGUUGAGUUGUAUUUUCAUGAUAUUAAUAUCACUGGUUAUUGAAAUAAAUGGAAUUGAAUA